AAGGUUACUACAUGUAAGUGAAAUUUGUAUUUAUUUGUAACUGUAUGUAACACCUGGAGUGGCCCUGUCCUCUCACCCUGUUUAACCGUCCCGUAUCCUAAAGAGUACCGUCCCGUAUCCUAAAGAGUACCGUCCCGUAUCCUAAAGAGUACCGUCCCGUAAAGUGUACCGUUCCUCUACUUCACACAAUAAACCUUAAGACAGUUUGGAAGGCUGGUAGUGCUCUACUGAUAAAGGACGCGUUGUAAGCACAGAGAGAAGUUCAGACGGGACACACGGUCACGUCUACACCCAAUCGAAUAGUUUCAGUUAUAUACUGCCUCGGGACAAGUGGGCCACGCCCGACGAAAAGGCAGCUAUAACAGACGUAUAAGUACUUUUUCCCAAAAGUCAGCAUACCAAUUGCAUGUCGUAAGCUAUAAAUGUACGUUUUAUCAACUCAUGUUUUAACGUACAGAACUUGGGGCAAGGCGAAAAUUACGGUGUUUGUUAUGUGGGUGGUUGCUGGGAUAACAAGCUGUAUGUCUCUUUAUUUCCGUGAAUCGAAAUACAGUUCAACAACAGGACACUUUCACUGUCGGUGGAACUUUGACGAGCAUAUAUCUUCGCACGUAACCUGGUUUUGCGUUCAUUUUCUACUAAGAUUUUUUGUCGGUUUCGGAUUACCUUUAGGCACAAUGGUGGUCGCCUACAUUAUUAUCAUUGCCUACUUACAAAGAAGAAAGUCACAGAAAAAACUCCUUCGCCGGAAACAGGACCGUGUUACUCUUACUGUAUCUACUGUGGUGGUCGUUUAUCUCGCAUGUUUCCUCCCUAACCAGAUCUCCAACUUAAUAUACAUGGCACAGGGACUCGGAAUUUUGCCACAGAGCGAUGUUCCUUCACUGGCGCAAUACAACAUUCACCUUGUAGUUACCUGUUUGUCCUGGGGCCACGGAUGUGUCAACCCUUUCCUUUACGCGUUUAUGCGAGAGGACGUUAGAUUAAAGCUAACAGAAACAGUGAACCAAAUCGGUUGUCUUGUGCCAAUCAAAGACAGAAGAAACGUUACUGAGCAAACACAGCAAACUCGAGGUCAAAAUUCAAGAAAACAAACUUCCCGGAGUUACAGAAGUAAAGAAUCUUUGCCGAAGCAGAAGGAAACCCAACCUAAACCAGUAACUAUUAUCAAGGCUGUACAUGCUGGCUCACCUUCAAACCUGCAGAAAUGUACUAAAGUCUAAUGCUCCGCAGCACUGUUGUACUGAAACAUUUUUGUAUUUUUAGUAUUUCAACUACGUAUGUACUCACACUUUGUACUGUAAUCGCACUGUAGGUUAGUUUCCUAAGCUUGCAGAGGUGUUUACAUUGAUUAGCACAGCGAGCACCACAUCACUACGCAUAUAUAGCGAAACCUCAGUCUUUGAAAACAUCAUAAACCGAUUUUUUUGCGGUUUGUAGGAAAUUUUAAGUCGCCCUAAUAGCAGAAUAUAAACAUGGUUCUACUUCUACGACUUACGUUUUAUCAUGUCCUGAACUUUACUACACCAACUAUAGUUCCACUUUCUGUAGUGUUAACUGUUUUAGCUCAUUCGUACAUCGUAUUCGCACAUUUUCUAUUAUGUGUUUUGCAUUAGAUACGUCAAAGUAUUAAAGUAUGUGAAUUUUAACAAGACAACGAUUCAAUGAGGACUUCACUACUAAAAAGUGACCACAUUGAUAACCUUGGUCAGUAUUAGGCUAUUAGAGCCACAAUAAAAGUCUCAUUUAACGUGGUAUAACUUAUAUUUUUUAGCCUUAUAAUCAAACCAUUUGGAAACAAUAUUGUGAUAGCGAUUUUGCAUCAAACGAGGAUGAUUUAUUAAAUCUUGAAAGAAAAAGUUCGUUCCGCUUAUAUGUUUAUAAGAACAUGCCAAAGUUACACGAAAAUUAUACAG